AUGGGAAAUUAAGUGUACUUUGCAAAAACAAUGGAGGUCUCUAUUUUUAGUUAAAAUGUACCUUUAAAUUAAUAAAUCUAACAUCUUGGUGGAUAAUAUUAUUAACAUAUCGAAAGAGUUGAACUAUAUAAAUUAAAAAACGAAGUUACUAAAUUUUCAACUUUUUUGAAAAAAUAAUUCUAUCUCUAUAAUUAAGCUUAAAACCUAUAUCAUCCAAACCUUAUAUAUUAUUAUCGGUUUUGUAUUGAUCCUGAAAUAACAACUAAUUUAAUCAUUAGUAGAUGGUAUUAUUAAGCACUUUAUAAAAGAACUAAAAAUAUUUGUGCUUAUCAUUUUUAAUAUAAGUCUUUAAUUCCAGAAAAAGAUUUGUGGAAAGUAUAAAUUUAAAUCAUAUAUAAAUAGUUUCUGUAUCAAAUAAGUUAAGGGCUUCAAUUUUUAGAGAGUAAACAGUAAUGGCAUAUGUAAAUCUAGCCAGAUACUAUUUAUAUAGAUUAAAAUAUGUAAGUUAGAUUGAUUCCUAUGGGAAUCUUAAGAAAGAUGAGUGUUUACUCUCAAGUUUCAAAUAAAUAAGGGAAAGCAUUACUAUCACCAGAAUUAAUUGAACAAUUAAAACUAAAUAACAUAAAUCCUGUUCACAAUCCUUCAAAAUCUGAUAUCUUCUCUUUAGGCAUGACUAUGUUAGAAUUAAAGACUCUAAAAAGUAGUUUUGAUUGCUAUUCAUUUAAUUCUAAUCCGCCUUAAUUGCACGGAAAGUUGAUAGAGGAACGCAUGAAAGAAUCAAUAAUGAAUGGUUAUUCGGAUGAUUUAAUAAAAAUUACAAAAAAAUAUGCUUCAUCAAGAUAAUCACUAUAGGGUUGGAAUAAAAGAUAUUUUAGUCUAUAUUUAUCAUAUUCAAGAAUUCAUAAGAACUAAACAAAAAUCUAAAUAAUUAAAGUAACAACUUCUCCCCUUUAAAACCAACAUUAAAUUUGAGUAAUCUAAGACAACCAAAUACAAUUUAGUAUGAUUAAUAGCCUUUAAAAUAACCAUUAUAACUGCAAAAAUUGAAUAAUCAAAUCUUACUGAAAGUUAAAUUUAAACCCCUUAAUCUCAUCUUGAUCUAAAUUAAUUAGAUAAUAUUUCUAAUUUUCAAUAAUCAUAUUCCUUUAGAGAAAAAUCAGAUGAAGAAUUACUCUUUAGAGAAUAAUAAAUAAAUCGAUAACUAGAAUAACAAUUGAAAUAAUAACAAUAAAUAUUAUAAAAAAAAUAUUUAUAAUAAAAAAAAUAGUAAAUUAUAGAAGAUUAAUAAAGAAAAUUUUUUUCACUUUAAUAGUAAAUUAAAUAGAUUGCUGUUAAAUUAGAAGAAAGCCAUUAAAAACCUACUGAAAUACCCAAUUCUUUAAAUUAACUGGAUAAUUACAAUUAUUAAAUCAAUUUGCUCCCAACUCCUCCAAUUACUUUUGCAAGUCCUAUCAAGCGCACAUUAAAUGAUUUAACAGAAAAUAUUGAGAUUCAAAAUAGAGUGAAUUACUCUUAUAUUAUUAAUUUGAUAAAAAAUAAUUAGCAAUUACUAAAAUUUAUAGUUUUUUAAAUUUUAUGA